AGUUAUAUCCUACAACACUAGAAGGCAAGGAUUUCUACCUCUGCACCUUAGACCAUGCCAGGAACUAUAUUCCCGUUCCUUGUAUUCCAGAGGAAUUAAAAAAACUUAAGUAUCAGGGGACCAUGAUCAUCAGGGUCAGUACUGGUAAAGAACGGAUAAAUUCCCAAGAAGAUAUCGAUGGGCUGGAAGUAUCCAGGUUAACAACGGACGGAAACAUUACUACAAGGCCUUUCCAGUUAAGUGCUGGGCCCAUUCCCCAGCCUGAACAAGUUUCCAUGCAAAAUAGGUUGGCAAAUUCUACAUCUUUAAAGAAAGACGAUGAUGUCACACUUCCACAGAUACUGCUGCCAAGGAGAAGAGUGUCAAAAGCAGAAUCUACUUGUUCUGGUAAAGAACGGAUAAAUUCCCAAGAGGAUAUCGAUGGGCUGGAAGUAUCCAGGUUAACAACGGACGGAAACAUUACUACAAGGCCUUUCCAGUUAAGUGCUGGGCCCAUUCCCCAGCCUGAACAAGUUUCCAUGCCAAAUAGGUUAGCAAAUUCUACAUCUUUAAAGAAAGACGAUGAUGUCUCACUUCCACAGAUACUGCUGCCAGCGAGAGAGAGUCUCAGAAGCAGAUUGUACUGUAAGUAA